UAAAUUCCGGGUAAACUUAUUUCCAACCAAACGAAAAAACAAAAGAAAAAAAAAUGUAUGCUCCGGAUCUGCAGAACUUGGAACUCGCAAGGACAGAGAGCAAAGGCGCAGAGUGAAAGUGAUAGCGUGCAACCUCAGUGUCCAUGGCUAAUCAAUUGAAGAAGCUGAAACAGCCUUCUUCGUCAUUUCUCUCUCCAUCUUGCCUAUUUCUCUCUCUACUCUCUCUCACUUCUCUCUUCCUCGCUUUCUCUCUCUUCAACACCUCAUCUCAAAGCACUCCAUCGAAGAGCAAAUUGUUAUACUCCAACUCCUGCAACUUCACCCACGGCCAAUGGAUUUACGAACCGAGUAUCAAGUCCCCGCGCUACGACGACAGCUGUAAGGAGAUCUACAAAGGAUGGAGUUGCAUUGGCAGUAAAAAAUCCAAUGCUCUUGACAUUGUUAAGUGGCGCUGGAAACCCUAUCAAUGUGAUUUCCCUCAAUUCGAUCCUCUCUCAUUUCUUCACCGCUUCAAAAACACCAAUAUCGGGUUUGUUGGGGACUCCUUAAACAGGAACAUGUUUGUUUCACUUUUCUGCACUUUGAAGCGGGUCUCUGGCGAGGUGAAAAAGUGGCGCCCUGCUGGGGCUGAUCGUGGUUUUACCUUUCUAAAGUACAACCUUACUAUCUCGUAUCAUCGGACAAAUCUUCUGGCUCGUUACGGUAGGUGGUCAGCCAAUGCCAAUGGAGGGGUACUGGAAUCUCUUGGAUAUAAGGAGGGUUAUAGAGUGGAUGUUGAUGUACCAGAAGGAACAUGGGCGGAGGCACCGAGUUUCCACGACAUUCUCAUCUUUAACACGGGUCACUGGUGGUGGGCUCCUUCAAAGUUUGAUCCAGUAAAGUCACCCAUGCUUUUCUUUGAAAAGGGCAAUCCUGUGGUGCCUCCAGUGUCCCCUGACAGGGGACUUGAUAUGGUAUUAAAGCAUAUGAUAUCUUAUGUGGAUAAAAAAAGGCGACCGAGCACGACAUUGUUCAUGCGAACCCAAUCCCCACGGCAUUUUGAAGGAGGAGACUGGGACCAAGGUGGCUCUUGCCAGCGCUCGCGGCCUCUCUCGCCUCAAGAAGUGGACGAACUCUUUUCCCUUCAAAACAACGGAACAAAUGUGGAGAGUCGCCUUGUGAACCAGCACCUAUACAAGGCCUUUGAAGGCACUAGAUUUCACAUGCUGGACAUAACUCAUAUGAGCGAGUUCAGAGCAGAUGCCCAUCCAUCUACAGCAGGUGGCAAGAAACAUGAUGAUUGCAUGCACUGGUGCUUACCAGGAAUUACUGAUACCUGGAAUGACUUGUUUGUAGCAUAUUUAAGCAAUAUCAAAGACAGGACCUAAGUUAGGAUAAUUUAAUUCUUUUUCUAGAAUUCUUUGCUGUUAGUUUGAUACAAUUUUCUCCCCUUAAGGGAAUUUUGUUAGAACUUGGUUGUGUACAUCUCUCCUCUAUACUAAUAGUUAGCAUCUGGAAAAGCUCAAUUUUCAUGCCUAA